AUCAAAGAUUAGAUUUACAACAACUCCAGCCUCCAUUACAGCCACCCAAGAAGCGAUCUUACUUGUCAUCUUCUUCAACUUUGCCGGAGCAGAGCAUCGAAUAUGCAAGGAAAAUGGGAGAAAGCCACCGCCAAGCAGCAACAUCAUCAAGGCUUGGAGCAAGAAACACGGGAGGAGAAAUAGUGGAAGUCCAAGGAGGUCACAUUGUUCGCUCCACCGGAAGAAAAGACCGUCACAGCAAAGUUUGCACGGCCAAAGGCCCGAGAGACCGUCGUGUCCGGCUAUCAGCCAAUACUGCAAUUCAGUUCUAUGAUGUGCAGGACCGCCUUGGCUAUGACCGUCCUAGUAAAGCCGUAGAUUGGUUAAUCAAGAAAGCCAAAGCCGCCAUAGAUGAGCUUGCAGAACUGCCCCCAUGGACUCCUACUACUGUUGCCACCACUAGAACCACCACUCAACAAGACCAAAUUAGUGAUGAGAGAGAUUAUCAAUUUUCGAUGGAAAAUCUUGCUGUUCUUGGAGGUUCUAGUGGAGGCAAUACUAGAACAAUAGCAGGAAAUGCGACAACAACUUCAACCGUGGGCAGUGAUGUUCAAAAUAUGGAACAUCAACAUCUGCAAGAAAAUCCCAGUAAUACUUAUAGUUUUUUGCCGCCAUCAUUAGACUCGGACGCCAUUGCAGAUACAAUUAAGUCAUUUUUUCCGAUGGGUGCAUCGGCGGAGACGUCCUCCGCUUCUAUACAGUUUCAGAGCUACCCGCCGGAUUUGCUAUCAAGAACCAGUAGUCAAAAUCAAGAUCUGCGGCUUUCGCUGCAGUCAUUUCAAGAACCAAUUCUUUUGCAGCACCACCAGCAACCGCCACCACCACAUCAUCACGGUGGUGAACAGCAACUGUUCUUGUCUGGAACAACGGGAAAUCAAAUCGGAUUUGAUGGGCCUUCUGCUGGGUGGUCCGAGCACCACCAUCGCCAUCCAGCAGAAAUUAGCAGAUUCCAGAGAAUGGUAGCUUGGAAUGCUGGCGGUGCAGCUGAUACUGGUAUUGGCGGUGGUGUUAGCAAUGGUGGGUUUAUCUUCAACACAUCAGUGCCACCACAAACGGUGUUGUCACCGCCACUUUUGCAGCCGUUAUUCGGGCAAAACCAGUUUUUUUCUCAGAGGGGACCCCUUCAGUCCAGUAACACGCCUUCAGUUCGUGCUUGGAUAGAUCCAUCAAUCACUUCCGAUCAUCAUCAUCACCACCAAAUUCCACAAAUCCAUCAACAACCAUCACCAAUAUCAGGAUUCGCUGCCUCUAUUGGCGGAUUCUCCGGGUUUCGAGUUCCAGCACGAAUUCAAGGCGAAGAAGAGGAGCACGACAGCAUUCACAACAAGCCGUCCUCUGCUUCCUCUGAUUCUCGCCAUUGAAUAUCCAAAAAUCUCACCUCUAACAGGGACUUGUGUAGAGUAAAGAAGAUGAAUUUAAGAGGAGAGAGAUUUUGGUUCAUCUAAAAUGGAUCAAUGGCAAAUACGAUGGGAAGAGAAAGAUCUGAGUAGGAUUUUUUCAGGUUUUUCGAUUCCGGGUUUGUUUGUUUUAGCUUUCUAUUCUAUUAUCCUGCUUUCUAGUACUCUGUUCUCAUUUUCCAUGUUUAAGUGAGCUUUCAGAGCUCAACUUUGUUUGAAUUUUUGCAUUGGAUUUGGCUUCAUGUGUGUUUAUGUUGUUAGUAAUGCUUUUGUAUGUUGAUGGAUGUUCAGUUAUUAUUAUUUUUGAUUCCAUUUGUAGAGUCAACUGAUAGAAGCAGAACUGUUUUGCUUUAA